AUGUCUGGCUCAGCAUCACCAGAUAAGAUGGAGGGCAUCAACAUAGGCAGCAACCCAACGCCUCCACCCCUCCCACCAGACGAACCAAAGUAUGGGGGCUUUACGAGGUUCGAGAUCGAGCUUGAGUUCAUUCAAUCCCUCGCUUCUCCUCUCUACCUCAACCACCUAGCUUCGCAGAAAUACCUCGAGAAUCCAGACUUCAUCGCCUACCUCAGCUAUCUACAAUAUUGGGCCAACCCUCCCUACAGCAAGUACAUCAACUAUCCCGGCCCUACGCUGAAGAACCUAGAGCUGUUGCAGCAAGAGCAGUUCCGGAAGGAUAUCUUGAGCCCAGAAACGGUGGCUAGACUGUUUGAAGAGGGGGCCAGAAGUGCACUCGCGAGACCUGGGAAUUAG